AAUUGAGAGUUAAAUCAUCUUAUCUACGAUCUCUUGCAACUAAGUUACGGGGUGAGAGAGAGACACACGGACAACUUGAUUUUUCUGUUGGCCUUUCGUUUUUUAUUUCGGAUUAUACAAUAAUAUUGGAAGAGUUUGUUUCAUUAAAAAACAACAACACGUGCAUCGGAAUUUUCAUCUAGUUUUUUGGUUCAGUUAAAUCUGUUGAUAGUUUAUUGCAUCAGAUCCACCAUGGACGCAACUUUGGGGGCCUUUGUCUGAAUUCCUCUUUCUUUGGGAUGGGACUGAGUCGAACUCCAAGACAUAAUCCUGUUCUUCCAUCCACAUCUCCGAUUCUCGCUCCCACUUAUUCACGUUCUCAAACCAUGAAGACAACACAGAUUUUUGGUGUGUCUCUCUCGCUCAUUCUUAUCAACCUGGCUGCUAUUAUGGAGCGUGCCGACGAAAACCUUCUUCCCUCAGUCUACAAAGAAGUUAGUGAAGCAUUUAAUGCUGGACCAUCUGAUUUGGGUUACCUCACAUUCAUAAGGAAUUUUGUUCAAGGAUUGUCCUCUCCUCUGGCUGGUAUACUUGUUAUUAACUAUGAUCGGCCAACAAUUCUUGCUAUGGGCAGUUUCUGCUGGGCUUUAUCUACUGCUGCUGUGGGUGUUUGCCACAAUUUUCUGCAGGUUGCAUUCUGGAGAGCUAUAAAUGGCUUUGGUUUGGCCAUUGUGAUUCCAGCACUACAAUCUUUCAUUGCUGAUAGCUACAGGGAUGGAGUGAGAGGAACUGGAUUUGGAUUGCUGAGUCUUAUUGGUAACUUAGGAGGCAUAGGAGGUGGUGUUUUGGCAACAGUCAUGGCUGGCCAGCAGUUUUGGGGCAUACAAGGAUGGCGAUGUGCCUUCAUUUUGAUGGCAACUUUAAGUACAUUAAUUGGAUUCCUUGUUAUGCUAUAUGUGGUUGACCCAAGAAAAAGGUUUACCUCCACUCGUGAUGCUAGUGAGAUUUCAGACAGGGAUGACUCUACAUAUAAAGGCAAUGUUAGUGCUGUAUCAAUUUGGAAGGACUCUUGGGCAGCCACGAAAGCUGUAAUCAAAGUGCAGACAUUUCAAAUAAUUGUCUUACAGGGCAUUAUUGGUUCACUACCAUGGACUGCAAUGGUGUUCUUUACAAUGUGGUUCGAACUAAUUGGUUUUGAUAAUAAUACUUCAGCAACCCUUCUCAGUCUUUUUGCUAUUGGAUGUGCUAUGGGCUCCUUCAUUGGUGGAUCAAUAGCUGAUCAUUUAUCACAAAUCUAUCCUCAUUCUGGUCGUAUCAUGUGUGCACAGUUCAGUGCCAUUAUGGGCAUUCCAUUCUCAUGGUUUCUUCUUAAGGUGAUCCCUCAGUCAGUAAGUAGUUUUUUUACCUUUUCUGUGACCCUAUUUAUGAUGGGUCUAACGAUCAGCUGGAAUGGUACGGCUGCAAAUGGCCCAAUGUUUGCUGAGGUGGUCCCUGCCAAACAUCGUACCAUGAUUUAUGCAUUUGACAGAGCUUUUGAAGGCUCAUUUUCUUCUAUAGCGGCUCCCCUGGUUGGGAUUCUUUCAGAGAAAAUGUUUGGUUACAACUCAAAGUCUGUUGAUCCCAUCAAAGGAUCUUCACCAGAGGCUCUUGCCUUGUCUAAGGGCCUUCUUUCAAUGAUGGCACUUCCAUUUGGAGUGUGCUGUUUGUGCUACACACCACUAUAUUGUAUAUUUAAGCGGGACCGUGAAAAUGCUAGAAUGCUCGCUGUUAAAGAGGAGGAGAUGAUGUGAGAAACACUUUUCUUGGAGUGGUACAUCUUCUGAAAAAAGCCCGUCAUCUCUGCUUGUGACUUGGAUCCCAAUUCGAUUGGAGUUUAAACGCUCCUCAAAAACGUGGUAUCAUCUUCCCCAGUAUACACGAAACAUUUGAAACCAUCUUCAAAUAAUGACUUCAUUUCAUUUUUAUUUUACGAGUCUAGGUUAACCGCACAUUCAUGGUUCCAUCAUCGGUAGGCUUCUUACUAAGGACUGACUCGUUUUGAGCCAUUGCUUAUUCUUGAGAUGGCAUAUCUGAUUGAACAGUUCAAAACCAUUUAUGCAGACGUCUAUUUAACUGUAAACUUGAAUAGCACAAAAGGAUUGGUCUGUGGCAAGAGAAAUGUCACUUGGGUUCCCAUCAAUUGUGCAUUGUGAAACAUAAACAAGUUAAUUUGCAUGUUUCGUUUAACAUCACGAAACAAUCUCAAUGCUAGUGAAGCA